AUGGGUAAUAUGAUUCAUCCAAUACUUCAUUAUAACAGCUCCAACAAAGAAAAAGACGAUAACAGUAAUACAUCAGCAAGGGCUGAGGCCUUUGGUCCUAAAAAACGUAAAAGGCUAGAAGAAGGAAAACUAUUAAAUAAUAUCAGAAAGACCAGUUCCUCCACUCCCAAAAAUCGUAUAGAAACAGUUUUGGGACAGCCAAAAGCAAGCCUCCCCACUAAACCAAAGGAAAACUGGGAGGAUGAAAUGGAAGAUGGAAUAGAGUCACAAAGCAGAGCUUCUCCCAUCAGGCCAACAAAUCACAAAACUCGGGGCACAAAUGACCCAACUCAAUCACAAACCCAAUCAGUGCUAACACAGAUAACCCCUACAGAUAACUUACAGAACACAACAUAUAACUCAAGUUCAAGCUCAGUAACACAGACUCCAAAGGAAAAUAACCCACAUGGUGCUCUUCCCAAAAAAAGACAUGGGCAGGCUUAUUUACAAAACUUACCAGAGGCUCCUCAACUUAUUUCACUUACUUUCAUCGGCAAGGAUAUCAUAAGUAUAAAACUACACUUUACGAAAGGAACCAGGAUAUACCUUGAAAUCGUUUUUAAAACCUUUGAAGAUGUACAAAAAUACAGCUCAGAAGACAAUCAACAGGAAAGCCUCUCUGAUAUGGACACUGAUGAAGAGAAUGAUGACAUAGCAAAUAUGGAGACAGACAACCCUCAACAAGAUUUAACAUUUGAGUUAGUAAAGGACAAAAGUAAAAAAAAUAAAAGAAAUAAAAGUAAUAAUGGAACUGUUAGUAGAAAUAACCGAUCUGCUCUCUAUACAAUCACAUCAGAGUUAGAAAUAAGAAUCCAAUCAAUUUUUCGAGCAUUCCACCUUCCCCAUACUCCAGAAAUCCAAAUUGACAAACUCAACAAUCAGAUAGUUAAAAUUAACUCCAAAUUGGCAACCAACUCCAACUGUAACAAUCUUUAG